CGGUUAUACAGCAGGUCCUGGCUCCUCUGCAGGGAGGUCUGCCCCAACAGACAGGAGUCAUCAUCCAGCCUCAGCAGAUCGUUUUAGCUUCAGGAAACAAAGUCCAAGGCAACACACAGGUGAUGCAGGCAGCAGCCAUGGUGCAGCAGGCAGGUCAGGCUGCAGGAGCGGCUGCAGCCGCAGGAGGAGCAGCUCAGGUCCAGCAGGUCCAGCAGAUCCAACAGGUCCAGCAGGUCCAGGGUGCAGCUGCACCGCAGGCCCCCCCACAGCCUCAGGCCCAGCAGCAGCCACAAGCACAGCAGCCUCCCAUGAUGCUCCAGGUGGACGGAGCCGGGGACACUUCCUCGGAUGAGGACGAGGAUGAAGAGGAGGAGUACGAUGAAGAUGACGACGAGGAGAAAGACAAGGAUGGUGGGGAGGACGGACAGGUCGAAGAGGUGAGCCAGUCUGCAGUACUGCUUGUGUUUGUAGUUUUACACAGUAAUUCACCAGGUUUUUAUUUACACCUGAGACAACAAAACUCGGGCUCGACAAGACUGGAGCUCGACAAGACUGGGGCUCAGCAAGACUGGGGCUCGGCAAGACUGGGGCUCGGCAAGACUGGGGCUCGGCAAGACUGGGGCUCGGCAAGACUGGGGCUCGGCAAGACUCUGGCUCGACAAGACUCUGGCUCGACAAGACUCUGGCCCUACAAAACUCUGGCUCGACAAGACUCUGGCACGACAAGACGCAGGCUCGACAAAACUCAGGUUUGACAGGUUCGACAAAACUCUGGAUCGGCAAGACUCUGGCUCGGCAAGACCUGGACUCGACAAGACCCGGACUUGACAAGACUCGGGCUCGGCAAGACCCGGACUCGACAAAACUCGGGCUCGACAAGACUCGGGCUCGACAGGUUCGACAAAACUCGGGCUCGACAAGACUCGGGCUCGACAGGUUCGACAAAACUCGGGCUCGACAGGUUCGACAAGACUCGGGCUUGACAGGUUCGA